UCUUCUUGAAAUUAUCACAAUCUUUACAAAGGGAUUUAUAUUUGAAUUUAUUAUUAUUCAUUUGAUUGCAAAAAUAAAUAAAUUGAAAGUUAUCCAAGUACAAAUAAAUUGGACUCAUUGCAAGAUGUCCAGGCGAGUAAGCAUUGCAACGCCAGAGGAGACUACAGUGAAUAACUCAUCACGACCGUCAACAUCGUCGAAAGCCAGAGCCAGCAAAAGCCCAACGGCAACGCCACCAAAGAGUCCCAGGGCAAGUGAAGGCGAUGCUCAAAGUGCGGCCAAAGCUGCAGCGGAAACAAAAACAGAUGCGACAGAUGAGAGCGCUGCGGCAAAAUCAGCGCAGGACGAUAAGCCUUUUUCAGAUGAUUGCGAACGUUAUAAGGAGGAUUGUUGUUGUUGCCACUGUGUGGCCGUGAGAUGCGCCAUUAAGCGAGCUGCCUUUCUGCGAACUCCCGAGGGCAAGAGACGCCUCGAGAUGAAGAUGCACAUGAAGAGCUUCUUCAUGGACAUCAAUGCGAUGACAUACGCGAGAUGCAGGAUUGAGAAUCAGCUGGACGAGACCAAAGAGUCGCUGCCAUCCCCACACGAUGGUUUUCCCGCCAGCAUUACCAAAGUGAAACGCAUCGACGUGAGGUGCUUGUCGGUGGACUGGUAUAUCCAUGACCUCGACCAUGUGGAUCACUAUGAGAUCUUUGUGGACAAUAAACGAAUGAAAAGUAUUUAUAAUCCUAGGCUGAAGUGCACCAUUUUACUGGAUGUGAAUGCCAGAACAUCGCACAAGAUUCUAUUGAAAGCGCAGCCAAUGAAAGGCGCAACUUCCGAUCCCAGUCCCAUUGAUUUGCUGAUCAGAGAUGUCUGUUGCGGCAACAUGGAAAAUCUUCUUAAGGGCGACUACUUCUGUCAAUGCGGCAAGGAAACAAAGAUGGAGCAGAUUGAAAAGGAAUACAAAAAGAACAAGUGCCAGACACUUGUGGAUUUUUGGAAGCCAAGCGAGUUUCUCUACACUCCUGUCUGCUCCUGUCCGGGCAACUGUGACUGCGACUGCUUUGCUUGAAUUUAAGUCCAAUUCAAUAUAUGUAUUUUUAGCCACAAAUAAAUUUGAGACUUGCAGUCUUUAAU